AUGACAAAGUGCUCAGCUGACGCUUCUAACUGUCACGAAACAGCAGUUCUGACGCUUUUCAUGUUUGAUCCUAGCAACAGUGUGGAGCACCGCCACCGCCUCCUGCUGGUUGACUUGGAGAAUUUCCUGCUGCCCCUGAAGUCCCUUUUAGACUGGAGAGUGACAGGAAGCUUCCAAUUAGUGAGGGGGAAAACCCGAAGCUUGGAAAUGGAGGAACAGGUCACAGUGGCCUCUAAACUUUGGCUGGGUGUUGGAGGAACAGCAAACGCCCCACAGGUUGUACACGUGAGGAGUAUUGGACAGUUACCGACAGCAGCAGCCCCAGAGCAAGUGAAAUGCGACACAGGGGAGGGGUUGCAACAGCGCUGGGAGGCCCAGUGGCAGGAGUUUCUGAGGACACUGCAGGCCUCUGACUCUGAGUGCGGGAACGCACAGAAGUGUGAGGAGCCGGCGCCAUGGGACGAUGCCAAGGCUUUCCUGGCCUCGUUUGAGCAAGUUGUGUUGGCAUGCCGCUGGCCUCGGGACAAGUGGGUGAGCUUCCUCCUGCCAGCCCUCCGCGGUGAAGCCGAGCAGGCCUUCAGCAGCCUCAGUGAUCGAGACAGAGAGGAUUAUGGGAAGGUGAAGGCAGCCAUCUUGCAAAGAGAGGCUGUCGUGAGGGAGAGGCAGCGUCAGCGCUUCAGACAGCUCUGCUACCAGGAAGCAGAGGGGCCGAGAGCGGUUUAUGGGCAGCUCCAACAUCUUUGCCGUCGGUGGCUGAACGCGGAGAGGCACUCGAAGGAGGAGAUUUUGGAGCUGUUGAUCCUGGAGCAGUUCCUGACCGUCCUGCCCCAGGAAAUGCAGAGCUGGGUCCGGGAAUGUGGCCCCGAGUCCUGCGCGCAGGCGGUGGCCCUGGCUGAGGAAUUCCCAUUGAAGGGUCAGCAAGAGGCUGAGAAGCGGGAGCAAGAGGCAAGAGAGAUGACCACUAAUGAGUUUGAAGAGCUGCAGACUCCACAAUAUGAGGCCGAGGUGAGGUGGAUUUUGAUGUUCGUCAUUUUUUCAGAGUUGCUUUGA